UUUUGCUUUUUCUAUUUCAUUUUAUUAUCAUUAUCUUUUGGUUAUAUAUGGAGUGACCCCGUUUAAAUUUAAGGUUUUUCUUUGCUGAUGAUCCUCGUUAGAUUCGCUACAAAUUUCUGCAGGAAGCUUUUCUGGUUGAUACCAAACGAUUUUGACACCAUCUUUCUUGGCAGAGGAAACAGGUAACAACCGACAGGAUGAGUCCGAGACGCCGUCCCUUGCACACUUGCAGGGUUUCGAUACUUGCAACAGCUCACAGAGCCUACAUGAGAGCACAAGACUUCAAUGGACCGUCUGGAUCGUUGUUCAAAGUUUUCACCAGAUUAGCCAACAAAAUCAGCCCGUUUGUGUACGUGGUUCAGUACCAAUGCCUUUCCAUGCUCUCCUUCGCGGACAGUACCAUCCUAACUGCUGAGGAUGUCAUCGAAAUCUUCCCUGCAUCGAGUUAUGCGUUUGAUAAGAUUGAUGAGCUCAUCCAAGUGACGGAAGCCCUCCCAGAUAGAAUCGACAAUGUCAUAAACAAAGUGCCGGGUUUUAUCCACCAAAUUCCACUUCUAGAUUGGGUGUUAGUCCAUUGUAUAUUGUGGUUGUCAUUUUGGGUCUCGAUAAUAACCUGCUGGGAAUCAAGAGCCGUCAGAGAGAAAGAGAUCCCGGUCGAUCCGAACUGUAAUGAAUGCUGCGAUAGAUUGGCGUACUUAGCUGAUGCACACUACCCUGCUGAUCAGGAACCGCACUUUGACAGCCGAAAAACAGGGCAGUUUUCUCCAGUGUCUGAAGCCGGAGGCGAGACAAGAACUUCUGAUGCAGAGACCCACGAAAAGGGCUCAUACAAGGAGAUUCUACAGAAGGGAAUAAAGGAAUCAUACAAGGAGAUUCUAACGAAGGGAAUGAAGGAAGAAAUAGAAGAAGAAAACAAAGACAGUUUGGAAGGCAAGAACGAAAGGAUCAACGUCAAAACUGAAGACAAUGAGCAAAUAGAGGACGAAUCCACCAAUGAUCCCAUCUUGGAGCUGUUCGAGUCCGCAUGGCUAAAGAAACCAGCAAGAAGGAAAAAAGGAGACUCUAUCUCUUACAUGUGACACGUAACUAAAGUAAAACAAGAGAUGCAAGCCAUGGCCGAUGUAUCCAUACUCCAGUAUUGUAUGGGCUUAGUUGACAAAAAUACCAUAUCAGUUUUCUGUCGAUAUAGAACCAUUUGGCAUUUCCGUUGGAACUUCAUAACGAGAUGGUACAAUGAGUAUUUGUAUUUGCAAUCUGCUCAAAGAAUCGGGUUAGUUUCUUUGAUGGGAUGAUACAGAGAAUUCAUGCCUACAUAUUUCUAUUUGCUAAAGAUGGUUGAUUUCUUA